GAGAAGAUGGCGGACGGGGUGAACGUCGGAGUGAAUCUGGACGCCUUCUCUCACGCCAUCAGCGGGAUCCAGGCGCUCCGCUCCAGCGUGAGCCGGGUCUUCGAGUUCUUGAAGGAUGGCAUGAAGAACCGGGAGACCCUGGAGGGCCGGGAGAAGCAGUUUAUAGCCGAGUUCCAGGACAACCUGCAGUCUGUCAACAGAGACCUGAAUGAGUUGGAGCGUCUCAGCGGUCUGGUCGGUCGCCCCUCAGAGUCUCUCCCUCUCCAUAACAGCGGCCUCCUCAGCCUGGAUCCAGUUCAGGACAAAACUCCUUUAUACUCUCAGCUGCUGCAGGCCUACAAGUGGUCCAACAAGUUGCAGUACCAUGCAGGUUUGGCCUCCAGUUUGUUGAAUCAGCAGUCACUCAAAAGGUCGGCCAAUCAGAUGGGAGCCUCAGCCAAGAGACGACCCAAAGUCCAGCCCAGUACUCUGGUUCUUCCUCCUCAGUACGUGGAUGAUGUCAUCUCUCGGAUCGGGAGGAUGUUUCCAGAUAUGACCAUCGAGCUGUUCAGACCCAACGGGACGUCUGCUGUACUGCUGGUGACCCUCGGUAAGGUGUUGAAGGCGUUCGUGGUGAUGCGCUCUCUCUUCAUCGACAGAACCGUGGUUCGAGGGUACAACGAGAACGUUUAUAACGAGGACGGAAAGCUGGACAUCUGGACAAAGUCUCAGUACCAGGUGUUUCAGAAGGUAACAGACCAUGCUACCACCGCUCUGCUGCACUACCAGCUGCCACAGAUGCCUGAUGUCGUGGUCCGGUCCUUCAUGACGUGGUUGCGGAGCUACAUUAAACUCUUCCAGUCGUCCUGUCAGCGUUGCGGUCACUACCUGCAGGACGGCCUUCCUCCGACGUGGAGGGAUUUUAGGACGUUGGAGGCGUUUCACGACACCUGUCGCAUGUAAAGAAGAACACUUUUUAUUAUUUUCAGUAUUUACUUUUUGUCUUUAUGUUUGUAUUUUUGUAAAGAAGUUUAAUAAAGUUUGAUUUAAUUUUCUUA